AUUAUUAAUGUCAAAGCGAAACUAUGCACAUUCGUCUGAAUAAAAUAGUUGAACUCGAUAAAUGUGUGAAAAGAUCACUGUUUGACAUUUAUAAUAAUAUUUAUUUGAAAUGAUUGUGUAUAAAUAUAAAAUAUACGUGCAUGGAUCUAAUUAAUACUACCCGAUGAUGGCAUCUAACUAACGUGCUGUUCUGUUCCAACAUUUUCUGAAAAUAGAAAUUUCCACGACUCUUGGUGGUAGCGGUUAUUCUGCUGGCUAUUUGCGAACAACACAGCCGUGUUAGAGGUCAGCCCAAUAUCAUAGAUGACGAAGAGCCGUCUAGGCCUGCUAAGCCACCCCUGCCUAACGGAGGUGGCCAAAGGGGCGAACCUGGACGCGCGAGUCUAACCGAUCUCUCUACGGAAAAUGGCGAAAGGCUCGACGGUACGACCUCCGAUCCUUGUGAAGAAUUCGAAUCCAGCAACGUCAGUUCGACGUCUCCGUGGUCUUGCGUUGAGAGCACCACUGCCGACGCGCCUAAAAGGUCCGUUAAGACGGAUUACGUAGGGUUCGUUGUCAUCCCUCUGUUCCUCGUGCUGGGACUGUUCGGAAACACCAUGACGGUGAUCGUGAUGUCAAGUCACCGCUUCCGCCACACCACGUGCAGCCUCAUUCUGAUCUUCCUGUCGUGCUCGGACACCGCACUCAUCCUGAUGCAGCCGUGGAACAAGCCGUGGAUCAUCAAGAUGCUGGGCGUCGACAUCCGGGCUCUCAGCGAGAUCGGCUGCAAAAUUUUCUUCGUGUUUCGCCGGACGGCCAAGAUGUCGUCCUCUUGGCUCGUGGUGUUCGUCUGCUUCGAGCGCUUCGUGGCCGUCUGCUUCCCGCUGAACACGAAGCUGAUCUGCACCAAGCGCAACACCACCAUCGGCAUCGCCACCGUCUACGCCGUCAUGUUCGCCUACACCGGCGCCUGGUCCAUCUUCUCCAAGGUGACGACGACCGGGAAGUGCGUCCCCUACUUCGUGGAGUCGGGCACCGUGACUCUGGGGCGAGCCUUCAUGAUCGUCGGCACCUCGCUGUACGCCGUCAUCCCCACCGUCCUGCUCCUCGUCAUGACACCAGUCAUCGUCCACCGACUCUACCAGCAGAGGAACCGGCGCAAGCAGAUGGUCCAGGGCGUCGAUAAGAAACCCGACGACACGGCACGGAUCACGACCAUGCUGCUGAGCAUCACCACGGCCUACGUCAUCCUCGUCUCGCCCAUCUGGAUCGGUCACAACGUGGCGUUCGCUAGAGGAGAAACCCUCUUCCAGUCCUCCGACCCGGUCCUGGUGAUCUUACGCCAGGUGGCGCAGCCCAUGGAGCAGCUCAACUACUCCAUCAAUUUCUUGCUGUACGUCCUGUAUUCCCGAUCCUUCAGGCAACACGUCGCCAAGCUGCUGAGCUGCGGCAGGUGCUCCCUGAGAAAGGAGGGAGCCGCGACUAACAAGGGAUCGAGAACGACAUCGACCCUGAAGCAGACAGCCGAAACGAACGCGACCCUCACUACCGCGGCACAAACAUCCGGGAACUCGGGUUCUAAUGGAGUCCUUGAGAAUGAUGGCACUGACAGUAACAUGCAGGAACAACAGGACGUGGAAACGCAACAAUCACCAGCAGAAAAUUCUGAUGUUGCUAACAAAGUUUAGAACCAGUAACAAACAAUAAAUCAGUUCAGGAGCGAUUUUCCUAGCGAUUGGAGGACAACUUUAAAAGAAAAGACAUGAAAUUAUAUUACAUCUCCAAUGUCACCACCCCCGCCCCCACCCCCAACCAAGCCUUUUUCUUGUUUUUAAUGUAUUAAAUUUUUAUAAAAUCA